CAAGACUAACAGAUAAAAUGUUGUUUGGCGGUGCAGUAGUGGUGUUUGUUUUAGGGUUCCAUGUUAUACUUGCUGAUGAGCCAAAGUGUUUAUCCAGAUUUGAUUAUGACGAGAAGAUGUUACUGAAAUUGCUUCGCAUAGAAGAUAAGCUUGAACACAUUGAACAAUUUAUUGAUAAUAUGAAAUCAGUGGAUCCUGAAAAAUUAAAAACAACGGUUGAGCAAAUUGGAAUUGAGGUGAAAGUUUUACAAAAGCACAUGGCAACAGCAGCGGAACAUAGUAACAAGACGGAGCCUCUUUUAAUUGACUUUCAGAACAACAUUUCAAUGAUUAAUGCAUCGAUGGGCCUGAUACAGACGCAAAUAAAAGGACUUACAAGUCCCACUGUCGCCUUUUUGGUAAAGAAUCCAGCAUUCGAGUCAGACAAACUUGUAUUCCGCAGUGAACUUUUAAACGAAGGAAAGGCUUUUACACCUAAGACUGAAAAUGGAAGGGUUUCCUCGGCAGCUCACACAUCUAGUCUCCGUAAAGAUGACCAUUUCAUCGAGUGCAGUCCCAGUUCAGAUGGUGACCUCCUUAAUGUGACCAGUGAGACAUACAACAUCAGUGACUCAGUGAUCUGCACCUGUUCCUGCUAUACUGUGAUGCAAGCUUUGCGGGAAGAGAAGCUACGGCUCCAGAUCGGAGUGCUCAAAAAACAGCUUGGCGAAGAAUGA